UUCAAAGUGACGGUUAGAUGGAUCUCCGGACAUGAUGGAGUACGAGGGAACGAGAUCGCGGAUGAGGAAGCAAAGCGGGCAGCAACGAGCAGAAGAGAAUCCAGUCCCAUCCGCCAACUCCCCAAGUACCUCCGUAAGGGGGUACUACCAAGCAGCAUUUCGGCUCUGAAACAGGCACAAAAACGGGAAUCCUCAGAGAGAUGGGCGAGAUUCUGGAAGAAGUCACCGCGCUACGAUCACACAUCUAACAUCGACCCGAACAUA